GUAGUAAGAACAAUGCUGGCUGCUUCACACAAAUCUUUGAUAUGCAUUUAUCUCUUUGUAAUCUCUAAAAUGCAAUACUUGUAUACUUAACCAUCUAUCCAAAGCAUGAAAGCCGAAGUCAACCUUAUGCUGAUGCCUGGAUAUUUUGUGUCUGUUUUGACAAGUCUAUUGAUGCAAGUAAGUAAGUUGUAAUCUAUCUAGAAUUUAAGGACUUAAGAGACUAAAAUAAGCAAAUUUAGUGUUAAUCAAGAUUGGGGAAAACUGUAUACGAGGAAGGCGAGAAUGAGAUAAUAGUUCGGAAGCAGCAGGGAUACCCAAUUAGAAGGUAUGAGGAAAGGUUGGCUACAGUGGGACCCUAAAUGAAAAAAAAUAUAGUAUUAAUUUUCUUGCGAGUAUUAUUAUUAUUAUUACUAUGGGUAUUAUUUUCCUAUUAUCUUAUUACUAUUUUUUUGAUUUGGGUAUAAUACGUGUAUACAUAAAUCCCACCUGCAUUUUAAUUCAAGCUAGUGCGUCCACACAAUACCUGCGAUGGGAUGUUGCUGUGAUGAUGACGAACAGCUUCUCCAACCACUAAAUCCUCCCCUAAUCCAAAACUCCGAUCAUAUUCCGCCGCCAUACUCCACCACCACAACCGACGUACACGGCGGAGAAGCCGUGAUAUCUCCGAUGAAUUCCAACUUUUCAGCCUUGAUAUGCCACGAUACUCUACGCGCCAUCCUCCAGAAGCUGUCUCUACCUGAUUUGGCGCGUGCUGCGUGUGUGUGUAGAAUCUGGAACUUUGUGGCCUCCGAUCGUGAACUGCAGACGAAAGCAUUUAAGGAUCCUUGGAAGAUCAAGGAUGUUGUCGGCGAUCCUUCUUCUGGAAGCUUCUGGAGAGAUAACAGCCUCUCGAAAUUCGCCAUUUCUCAUCGCAUCGUUCGGGGUGAUAGUGUUGCUAGCCUCGCCGUCAAAUACUCCGUCCAUGUCAUGGAUAUAAAACGCUUGAACAAUAUGAUGAGUGAUCAUGGUAUAUACUCAAGGGACAGGUUACUCAUUCCUGUUAGCAAUCCGGACUGCCUCAUCAAUGGCACUUGCUAUAUAGAGCUGGAUAUAUAUGCAAAAAGGGAAGUGGCUGUUUUGUAUCUUGAAGGUGGCCCUAACCCAAAGCUCACUACAAUGUUAAAUAGAUUGACCUCAGAGAGAAACAGGAAAAGGGUGAUUGAAUCCCUUCGGAGAAGCAUGCAAGUUGAUUGUGAAACUGCCCAAUAUUACUUUGCUGCAUCAGAUGGUGACCCUCGAUCUGCUUUCUCACAAUUCUCGGAGGAUCUGAGGUGGGAGAGGGAGGCAGGGUUGACUUAGCUUGUAUUCGAAAGGGUUGAUCCUGGUAAAGAUUUGUGAAUGUAGAAAGGUAGCUGGAAGUGAUAAUAGUGACAAUGUAUGUAAGGUCACAAUGAGUUGCUUCCACAUCGCCUAACUGGGUGCUUUCUUGCCUAUAAUGGUAUGUCUGCUUCAAUAAUGAUCCUUCAUUGAAGUGAUCUAAGGAAAUGAAUUUAUCUAUUAGAAUUACUGUUACUGUCAGCAAAGCAAGUACAUGUAUAUCAUUCACGUUGUAAUAUGUAUAAUCUGUUGUGUUUGAGCGAUUGUAUGACUGGUGAAUUCCAUCUGCAUUCAUGUAAAAUGUACAUCUAAAUGAAUGAAAACUUGUAUUUAUCAGUAA